AUGGACACAGUUCAACCGACCGAUGUCACCGAGGAUCAACGUCAACUUCAAAUGUUUGCAUGCCAACUGUCCGAUUAUCUGUCGGAAAAAAAACCCAAGUUGUUAAAAGAGUCCGUGAUGGAUGUAUUGAACGACUAUUUCACCGAUAUUCAGAAGGAGUCCCAUCCUUCUGAUCAUAUGCUUGUGAAACAUCAAUAUCGUUUGAGUUACCUGUUCUCAUUAUCACAAAUUACGCCUACAUUGGCCAAUGCAUGCUGGUCGGAUAUCUUUCAUCGACUUGUGCAUCACGAUGCCACUGGAGACAUGCUGGUGUAUGAACGCCGUACACGAUUCUCCCAAGUGUUUUUACCGCGGGGUGUCGUCAAUGUGAUUGAUGUGCUACCUAAUUGGGUAAGCGGUGUGGCGCUGAAUCCUCAGGGGCUCAUUAUUGAGCAUGCUUUCGAUGUGGCUAUCUUUAUGGAUACAUUGGCUCACGACACCAGGCUGAAUAUGGGCUUUCUGAUUCCGACCGGCGAAUCCACGAUUUUGGAGCUACUUCGUGCUUCUUUUGAGGGAUUGGAUUUGAAACCUUCUUCUAUCGAUGUCGUCAGCUGGACAGUGGAGCUGCUGAGCGCCAGCACAUUCACACGUGGCAUCGAUAAUCUGAAAAUCCCCCUUUUUUUGCUGCAGCUGGCCGUGAGGAAAUGUGAAACACAAGAAGCGGCUACGGAUAUUCUCGUGAACCUUAUCACUCGCAUUGAUCGACCUACCGACGAAGCUUGUCCUGCCGACGUGGGAACGCGUUACCUUGUGAUUCAUCUUGCAGCCUCAGCCCAUGCAAAGUAUCCAGGUAUCUUUACUGUCGUGUUGGAAAAGAUUUUCUCAAAAACAAUUGCAAUGCAUAUUGCUGACAGUGAAGGAUCUAUCAAUGUGGAAAAGAUCCUGGGCAACCUGGCCAUGCUUUUCGAGGCACCGGUGCAAUCGGACGAUCAGCACAAUACGCAACUGAUUUUUGACGCGUUCAAGGAUUACAUUGCACAUUAUUGGCGGCAAGUGUUGCUUUUAUUUCUGAACCAUCCCUCCAUGGAAUGUCGCACCUUGGGCUUUCGCGUGCUGUCCAAUUCGCGAUUCUGGGAACAGGAGACGCCCAUCCAUGGGGCGGACCCUGUGACAAUAUCGAAAUCCAUUCUGGACGCCUGGUUCCGUCAUAUGAAACAUCGUUACCUGCACAUUGGCGAACGGGACGAGACGCAUCUAUUGGACGAAUUACAACGACUAAUCCAACGCUUCUGUGAGCAGCCUCCGUUAGCCAAGGUCAUGCUGUGUAUGACCAUGGAUCGCAUUCUCGAUGGCGGGCUGGAAAUCUUUCCAAAAGUGGAUGUGAAUGCGCUGCAGCAAGAUAAAAUGAGUCUCAUGGACAAAAUACACAAUACACAGCGGCCGCUGUAUGUAGGAAAAAGUGCCCGACCACCCCAGUUCGUCGGUAUCGUCGGUUUACCUGACGAUGAAAGAGAUAUACGAGACGAUAUCUACAUUGACAACAUUGAACGUACCGCCAGUUUAUUUUAUCCUCGCGAAUCCAAUGGUCAGAAAAAUGGCCCUACCCAAACGACGAGUCCUUUCUUGAUCCAUUUAUUAUCAAAAUGGCCUUCUUCUGCUGUGACCAUGGAAGCCUAUGAUGAUGCUCUUCCUCGAAACAUUCCAUCCAACAGUGACAUUCUGAUUGGCAAUGCUUUCAAGGAUCAUCCUGCUCUGUUUCUCAUUAUUGAAAAAUGUCAAUUUUCCGCCCAAUUUCCCAUUUACGAUCUCCUGCGCAGUAUCCUUGUCUAUUUUAUCGCCUUUUGGCACAUGAAAGAAGUCGCUGAAGCGGCUAGUGCUUUACAAUUUGCCACCCAACUCGAAGAAACCACUCGCUUAAUUUUAUUAAUGGGAUUACCGCAUCCAUUGUCAUCGAUCUAUCAUCUUUUCCCGUACAUGUCUGGCAAGGAUCUUGGUGAGUUAUUGUACAAGUCAAUAUGGCCCUUUGUUCGCUGUCAAUCGGCUUCACAGGAAAUUCCGGGACUGGCAGCUCCUGGCGCUCCGGCCCCUAAUCAAGAUAUCAUUGAUAAAUGUCUUGUUGCUAUGACAACCAUCUAUCAGCGACGGCUGGCACACCUGGCCAAAGUGCCUGCCUGGUAUACCAUGCUCCAACAAGUGGGCAAAGAACUGCAAAUACCGGACCCAUGA